AUGGUACUGAAAGACCGGACCUCGCACGCGAACAAUGAAGUCGAGGUCGAGUCCUCGCCUGGUACUUCUCACGACCAUGACCACGACCACGACCCCUUGAAUGCGCCGCUGAAGCGCAAGCUGCAGUCGCGGCACUUGCAGAUGAUUGCGAUCGGAGGCAUCAUCGGCCCCGGACUCCUCGUCGGCUCCGGCAAAGCCUUCCAGGAGGGCGGACCCGCCGGCGUGCUGAUAAGUUUCUCGCUGGUCGGGAUUAUCGUUUACUUCGUGAUGCAAGCCCUAGGCGAAAUGGCCACCGCGAUCCCCGUCACAGGCUCCUUCACCGAGUACGCCGGGCGCUUCGUCGACGACUCGCUUGCGUUUGGGCUUGGGUGGGCGUAUUGGUAUCUCUGGAUUACUGUCCUCGCAAACGAAUACAACGCCGUGUCCCUGGUUAUAAUGUACUGGACGGACGCUGUCCCGCAAUGGGCCUGGAUCCUGAUCUUCUGGUUUCUGUUCCUGGGCCUGGCGAAUUUCGGGGUGCGCGAGUAUGGCGAGAUGGAGUUCUGGUUGUCCUUAAUCAAAGUCCUCGCCCUGAUUGUAUUCUUCAUUCUCGCAAUCUGCAUCAGCACCGGCGGUAUUGGCGGCCGCACGAUCGGGUUCAAGUACUGGCAUGAUCCAGGGCCGUUUGCAGACUCGAUCAAUGGCGUUGCGAAGACGUUUGUUGUUGCUGGGACGCUGUAUGCUGGGACAGAAAUGGUCGGCAUCACAGCUGGAGAAUCCAGCAACCCGCAAAAAGCCGUCCCAAUCGCCAUCAAGCAAGUCUUCUGGCGUAUCCUGGUCUUCUACAUCGGUACCUACCCAUCUUCCACUGCCUACCUAUCUUCCAGUCAAGCACAUCUUCUAACAACGCCAGGAACAAUGUUCUUCAUCGGCAUCCUCAUGCCCUACACCGACAACCGACUCAUAGGAGACAGCUCCUCCAGCGCCAGCUCCCCGCUGACAAUCGGGCUCUCCGACGCCGGAAUCCUGCCCGCCGCACACCUCAUCAACGCCCUGAUCGUGGUGAGUGUGAUCUCCGCCGGGAUCGGGUCGCUGUACGCCUCGUCGCGCACGAUCCUGUUCAUGGCGCGCACGGGGAAAGCGCCCAAGAUCCUGGGCCGCACGAAUGCGCGCGGCGUGCCGUGGGUCGCUAUUGUUUUCUCGAAUAUCUUUACCUGCAUUGUGUUUUUGACGGUAGGGAACGAGGCGGGCAAGGUUUAUAAUGCGCUUAUUACGCUUUCGGGGGUUGCUACAUUCCUCGUCUGGAGCACAAUCUGCAUAGCGCACAUCCGGUUCCGCCUCGCGCUAUCCGCCCAAGGGCAAUCCCCCUCAGCGCUCCCCUUCCGCGCAGCUUUAUACCCCUGGGGCACGUACUUCGCGCUGGCCCUCACGGUCUUCCUCGUGUUUUUCCAGGGCUACACGGCGUUCCUGAACCCGUUCAGCGCGGAGGACUUCGUGGUAAAUUAUAUCCUGCUCCCUGUAUUUGCGCUGUUUGUGGUUGGGUGGAAGCUGUGGCAUCGCACGCGGAUUGUCAAGUUGGCGGAGAUGGAUAUUUGGACGGGGAGGAGGGAGAGGGAGGUUGGGUAUGAAGAAUAUGGUGGGAAGGGGUGGAAGAAUGAUAAGGGGUGGAGGGGGAAGGUUUAUAGGGGUGUUGUUGGGUGA